CUUUAAUUUUUUUGGGGGCCCCCAAGAGAGUGGGGCCCUAAGCUAUAGCUUGUUUAGCCUAUACAUAAAUCCGGCACUAAAUUUUCUGGUGCUGCAUGUGUACCCGCCGCCUCCGCCAUAUCAAGGCUGUGGGUGCAUGAGUUUAAGGGUUGCUUUGCAGCUGAGGAACACCCUUGCAUUGAGUUCGAAUGAGACCAAGAAAUGGAGGUUGGGCUGAGGUGUGGUGGUUGGCUCAAGGUCACCUGGCGAACUUUGUGCCCCAGUGAGGAUUUGAACCCAGGUCUCCCACUCCCUUGCCCGACACACUAAGCGCCAUGUCACGCUGUAAUUCAUAGCACGGGAAAGCUUGAUCUGCUCUGAUCAAACUCUGGCCUAGCAAGUUUGGUCUCUUCCAUCCUGGAAGUCUGUGUAAACCCUUUCCUGCUUCCUUCAAAGUUGCAGUGGUAAACCUUCCCAAGGGUGUGAAGGGAAUUAACUGGCGGUGUUGCAACAGCAGCUGGAAACAACUGCAGCGAUUGACUUGGGAGUUGCAAAAGCUUUUGAGACUGAUUCAACCUGUUCUCAAUAAAUUAUCUGGUUGCACACAGGUUGAUGAAGCAGAGGGAGUUGUCCCUUGAGCCUUUGCUGGGGUAGCGUCCGGUGGGAGGGGUGGAAAUGUUGGAUGAGGUCACAAGCCAAACCUACCACAAUCUGCGGUAGUCGCCCUGCUAAGGAAGUGGGCAAGAGUUGGUGUGACACGAUUGCUGCACGCCCAGGGCGAGGGAGAAUCCGGCUCCCCGAGAUGUGUGGGAUGUGUCUGCUGUUGGCGUGAGGCAGAUAAAACCUGUAGUUUUGCUGUUCAGGUCCUGACAAGAUCAAAGCCCAGCCUUCAAAGCCCCAUUAAAAGGGGUGUGUUUGUAACACGGGGAUAUAAACACUUCUUGUGCUGGGACGGUCGUUUUUUAAGACACAGCUGUUGAUGCCAGUCGUCUCGGGAGUGGAGACUUGGGCAACACCACCGCUUCUGACUCCCAUUUGCCAUGGGAGACGCUCCUGCAAAGGUUGGGAUGCCUGCCAAACAGCCCAGUGUGAACAAGAUAAUUGUGUACGACAAGGCCAAUUUUGAGGGGCUUAGCAAAGAGUUCACCUGUGACAUCCCUGACCUUCACGACCUGGAUUUUGGCGAUUGCAUCUCCUCCCUGAAGGUGAUUGGGCAGCCUUGGGUCGCCUACAAAGCCUCCAAGUUUGAGGGGGACGGCUUUGCUUUUGAGGAAGGGGAUUACGAAGCGAUCGAUAAGAACAACAAAAUCUCCUCCCUCCGACUGGUCCACUACGAUCUCUCCGACCCCCAGAUCACCCUCUAUGAACUCCCCAACUAUGAGGGCCAGAGCAAAGUGGUGAAGGAAGAGACCAACCUCACCUAUGGCUACUUCAAUGACCGGGUCUCUUCCCACGUGGUGCAGAGCGGCGUCUGGCUCCUGUAUAAGCACCCGAACCGUGGCGGGUGGUGCCACAUUGCCUGGCCCGGGGAGCGUGUCCACGACUACAAAACAGAGCUCGACUUUGACGACAGCUUGUCCCACUUGCGCCCCCUGCAGGCCGGCCGCCCCAUCGUCACCACCAAGCUCCUGUGGGACCAGAAGAAAGUAGAGGACGAGAAGGACAUUCUGAUCGAUGAGAUCGUGGGAACCAAUUGCACCGAGUACGAGCAAGCGUUCACCGCCAACACUUGCCGGGAGUACAACGCCACUGUCAUCCAGAGCUUCCACUUCAGCAACACCACGUCCCUGAAGCUCGGCUUCUCCUUCCAGGUCACCGUGGGAGGUGCCAACGUCUUGGUGGUGGAGAAAGGGAAGCACGAGUCGACCACCACCAGCGAGAAGGUGGAGGUCAUGCUGCCUGCCAAGAUCCCUCCUUGCACCCAGCUCACGAUUCAGGUGGUCAAGAAGGAGACCACCACCUCGGUGCCGGUGGAGCUGACCAUCUGCCAGAAUGGGAAGGAAAGGAAAGAGCAUGCGGAGUACCGGUGUGUGUCUGGACGCACCAUCAGCACCAGAUACACCAUGAAGCCUGCCUCAGCAGCGCAGGGUGCUGCCGUCACCAAACCUUCUCGUGUGGGAAUAAGGGAGCAUUCCCAGGCUCAGCCUAAACCAGGAACAUCUGGGGAGAGAUCCUAAACCCCUGCCUGAAUGAGUUUUUUUGGUGUUGCUCAAGGACCUCAGUGGGGUGGCCACUCCCAUAUCAUACUCUGUGGGCGAAGGGGAGUCUUGUUUCAAGGGUGUGGGACCUGUGGCCUCCAGGUGUGGCUGGACUCCCAACCAUAGCUGCCAAGUUUUCCCUUUUCUCGCGAGGAAGCCUAUUCAGCAUAAGGGAAAAUCCCUGUAAAAAAGGGAUAACUUGGCAGCUAUGCUCCCAACCCUCCUCCUCCUCCUCAGCUGGCAUAACCAGCGGUCAGGGGAUGAUGGGAGUUGUAGACCUGCAACAUCUGGGUGGCCACCGGUUCUGCAUCCCUGCUAGGCCGAUUUAUCGCUGGCUGCGGUGGUGGUUUCUGGGUUUGUAGGAUUGGUUUAGAGAAGGGUUGAAGAUAGCAUUGCAUGGGAGUAAGCUACUAUGGUAGUUCAGAGGGCAACUUCCACAUUGAAGAACACAUGAGGUUGACGAACAAAAUGUAAAUAAACGAAUAAUGACUCAAGUCUUCUCUCAAGGAUGUUCCAGCAGACAAUAACAAAGCCAAGAAUGAGUCUAGUGAACUGCCUCUCCACAAACAUCUCCCAGUAUAUUUAUGCUUAUCUGGCAGGAGAUGGUCAGUGAAUGGUCCACCUUGGAGGAAGAUUAGUUCAGGCGUCUCUUUAAUCCUGGGCUGUCCAGUACCAGUCCUGGACUAGCAGCAGUAGAACAGCAGCAAGGCUAUCCAGGUCAAAGGUAGCAGGACCAAGAAGAAGGGCCAUAGCUCAGGAGACAGAGCCUGUGCUUUGGAUGCAGAUGGUCCCAGGUUGAAUUCCUGGCAUUUCCAGACAACAGGGCUGGGCAAGGAUUUCAGCUGAAAUUCCGGAGGGCUAUUGCCAGUCAUUGUAGAGGUAAUAUUGGGCCAGAUGGAGAUAUGACUCAGGAUAAAGCAAUUCCCAAUGUCUUUACAUACCCAAAGAAAUGGACUACAGUGGUACCUUGGUUCUUGAACUUCAUCCGUUCUGGAAGUCCAUUCCAAAACCAAAGCGUUCCAAAACCAAGACGUGCCUUCCCAUAGAAGGUAAUGCAAAAUGGAUGAAUCCAUUCCAGACUUCUAAAAACAACCCCUAAAACAGCAAUUUAGCACGAUUUUUACUAUCUAAUGAGACCAUUGAUCCAUAAAAUGAAAGCAGCAAACAAUGUACUGCAGUCAGUCACACGAUCAAUCGAUCAGUAGCUGAACUGGGUUCCACACAGGCACAAGAACAAAACGAAAAAGAGCCGCGAAACAAAAACACAAAACAAAUAGCAAAAACAGACAGACCUCAGCGUAACACUCAGAACGGAGCACGUUUGGCUUCCGAAAAAAAGUUUGCAAACCGGAACACUGACUUCUGGGUUUGCAGUGUUUGGGUUCCAAGUUGUUUGAGGACCAAGGCAUUUGAGAACCAAGGUACCACUGUACAUCAUCCAGGAUGACAGGUUGCAACAGAGGUGAAGAGCAGGAGCAUUCAAGGUGCACCACAUCAGCAUUGAAAGCAAUAAAAUCAAAUCCUAAUGUUUCGAGCAAGUGAGCACAGGUUGCAGAAAACUCUUCAUGGUCACCUGUCAAUUCUAGGAUUCUCUGGUUUGUUUUUUUUUUAAUGUCCUGACUGCCUUUCUUUGACCACGCAUCUGCUUGGGAGAGACAACUUCACUGUCAUGCUGGGUAGCAACAGGUCUGAAACGGGAUUGAGCAACUUCUGGCCCACCCAACGGUGUUGGACUACAACUCCCAUGAUCCCAGGCCAUUGGUUAUGCUGUCUGGGGCUGAUGGGAGAUGUAUCUGGAAGACCACAGGUUUGCCACCCCUGGUCAAAAAGAACUGAGAUUUUUCUCUGCUGCCUGCUUUCCAGGAAGAAAGGGGGAGAGGAGCGCAAGGAGUAUUGAUUUAAAAUAAAAUAAAAGUGCUUUGUGCAUCCGCA